ACUGGCACUUUCCAAAGAUAGCCAUGGCAUUGAUGUGAAGCUCUGGAAUGCGUGUCACAGGUCCUCUACAAGAUGCCAGAGCUCCAGGAGUGACAGCGUCAGUUGAGGGCGGCAGCUCGCUAUAAAAGUCGCGGAGGCCGGCUAGCUCCAUGUUUCACACCUAACAUUCAUUUCAGAGGCUUCUCUUCCGGUGAGAGGUCAGUCCCAGUCUCAACAACGGCCUCGGGGCCUCAUGAUACCGUGAGAAAAUCUCCAAACUCCAAACGGUCUGAGAGGGCUCAAAAGGUUUCGGUGCUCACCUACAUACUCGUAUAUAGGGCCCCCGAGUGAUCAUAGUCAGUGGGUCCACGGACCACGGAAUUGUAGUGAGUGCGACCCUCCGCAAAAACUCCAUAUUUCAUCCGAGCUGUACCGGACCAGCCACCCUAAUUAAUCAAUACCAAUCAAUAUGCACUGUAUAACACGACCCGUCGAAAAUGGGGUAAAACUUGAUCCGACUAUAGAGCUACGACUAUAGAGACAUGACUUAGGCCAAAGUCUAAUUUUCCAACUCCCGUGUAGGAGACAGUCCAGUCAAUAGGAUUUUGACGACUCAAAUUUCGGUCAGAAUUGUUGACUCUGGUAGACUCGAAGUCUCGCACCAACUCCGCUCCGCUUCGUAACAAUAUCGGUCAGAAUUGUUGACUCUGGCAGACUCGAAGUCUCGCACCAACUCCGCUUCGUAACUUGUUAACAAGUAUAUUCGGUGUCAGGUAUCGGAAAUGCAGCAUCCCUCAGCCGAAGAGCACGUUUUUCACCUUGCAUAUUAUCAUAUCGCAUUUCCAAUUCAGACACGACACCACACAGAAACUUGACAGAACGAAAUGUUGUAGGAAGACAUCUCCGAAUAGGGUACGCCGGCAUUGGGCUGGGUGGGCAAAGUAAAAAUCGGGAAAGUCACUCUUCAAAGAUUUGUCACUAUCCAAUAGCUGAAAAGUAAAAUUUAGAAGCCGAAGGAAACGCAAAAUCGCCAUAAUGAAGAAAACAGACAUUAUGAACAGAAACUUGGAAGACUAUUUCAAAAUCCAGUUCGAAAAUAAGAUCGCAGUGAGACCACGCCGCGAAGAUUGUCACCUAGCAGCCGCCACGAAGAUAUUGGCCAAAAGAAAUGAAGUCGAGGAAACUGACAAGGAAUUGGAAAUGCGUAAAGAAUGGUUUAAAGAAAAAAUGUCAGAAAUCAGGACCGGUAGAGAGGCCCUUGCAGAUCGUGAAAACGCUUUGAAACAAGAGAUGCUCAGGUAUGAAAAGUUCUUCCGAGAGAACACUUUAAAGCGACACAGAGGGGAGAGAAAAUCUAUGGAGGAGCGCGAAUAUCAAGCCAAGAAGGACUCUGAGAUCGCUGCGUUAAAGGAAGAACUAAAGGAAUUAGAGGAAAGAAAAGAUGAAAUGCAAAAGGCCGUAAACAGCAACUCUAAAUUCCGCGACUUUCUUCUGAAGGCGACCGCCUUCAAUCCAGACUACGAAGAGAUUAACGACCUGCUGAGCCGAUGCGACGUGUUGUGGGCGACGCAGAAGGAGCUGUUGGACCGGGAGCAGCACGACGCGCAGAUACUCGACCAGGAGACGCUCAGCCUGAUCGCCUCCUCCGAACACCUCAGCACCAACGUGCUGCGCCUCAACAACCUCAUCUCUGAGCUCCACCUGCGCUACGAGCGCGCGCAGAACAACGUAGCCGCGUGGGAGAACAGCUGGACGCGCAUUAAGAACACGGCCGCCAAGCAGACGCUGCAGCUGGGCCAGGUGAAGAUGGCCAUCCACAACCUGUACCAGCUGUGCCAGAGGUACCACAGAGAGCGCGCUCUCGAGCACGAGGAGGUGAUCGAGUACACCGAGCCCGGCGACCAAAUGAACACGGUGGCCGAGCUGAUGCAGGACAUCGGUGCCGUGUACAAGGAGUGCUGCCGACGCGCCCGACAGGCGGCCGCCAAGGCGUCGGCGCACGAGACCCCGCCGCUCUCUGACUGACAGCGCGGCACCGACUGGCGUGGGAAGGCUGUCUUUGCGUCUCUGUCCGGUGUGGCUGGCGAGCUUCAGUCAUGUGUGUAACCAGCCGCCCAUACUCAACGGUCAAUACACUCGAAACGAAA